AUGGCUCCACCGGCUUGGGUUUCAGAGAACCGUCUCACUCCGGAAGAACGAAAACAGCUUGCUAGAGAACGAGUUACGGAGAUUCUCGAAAAGCAGGCCCGGGAGGCGAAGGAUGCUAACAUGACAAUUGCCAUCCAGCCAUCUCGAGCCCCAGCAGUACAAAGCCCAUCUACACCUAUCCUUGGUGAAAAGAAAAGAAGGAGGCCGUCUGGUGAAAGCGCGUCAGAAUCGACGGACAGUAGCGACCUGCAUGCUCCCAUCCAAUCGCCUCCCAAGCGCAUUCAGCCUACUUGGUACACAUCGAUACCUCAAAAGAAGCUAAAGCAAGCGUCUGGCAAGCGCGAUAUCGAUGCCAAGCUUGAACAAGUCAAGAACCUUAUCAAGCAGUGCAAGGAGAUGCAUGGAGACCCGGAAAUAGGUCGCGUGUUCGAUCGCAUCAGAGACGAAAUCCAUGAUCUAGUGUUCCUUCAAGUUACGGACAUUGCCCUUAGGCGGAAGCGAAUGCUCCAUGAUGACAGCGGGAUUCCCCAACUCUUUGACGACAAAAGCGAAAUAGUAUUCCCCUGGGACAUCCAGGCUGAUGCGUUGGAGCUCUACAACAGAUGGGCCCUCCGCGUAUUCUCGGUCGACCUUCUGCGAGGAAUUAUCAAGAGGCCGACAACGGCAGGAAACCGAUCUACUGACCGUAUAGAUCCCGCAUACCCUGGCAAACUUAAGGCCGACUAUCAUGGCGAAGGAAGCCUAGUAAACGGCCAAUGGUGGCCAACGCAGCUCUGCACGGUUCGAGAUGGGGCGCAUGGCUCGACUCAAGGCGGCAUUUAUGCUACGAAGGGGAAGCCAGCCUUUUCUAUUGUUCUAUCCGGUGGUAACCAUUAUUCAGACCGCGACGAAGGCGAAGAAAUUUGGUACUCCGGCACGGACGGAAAGGAUGGAGUGCACCGGCCUCCUCGUGGAUUCCGGUACGAUGGCUGCUACGAGGUCCUCAGUUAUACGGUACUUGACAGCACCAAGAUGUCGUGUCUAUUCCAUCUUACAAGAAAGGAAGGCCAGGAUCCCAUUAGAUCCCGCGGCAAGGAAAUGCGUCCGACGACAGCUGAGAUUCGUGAGUACGACAAGUUUAAGGCUGAGAUUGAGGCGUCCGAACGCAUCUGA